UUGUUGUUGCCGGGCAAAGAACCAACAGUCGUUUGGUCUUGUAUUCGAAUAAGCCUGUGAGAGGACACCCAACAAAAAGAAAGUGGACGAAACAAAGGGAAAGACUGAGCAGUGGCUGUGGGCUGCGGCGCCGUUGUCACCAUCAUUUUGCAGCAACGGUAUUCGCAGACCUCAGGUGUGUCUAGCUAGUCUUUGCGAGACGUCUGUGCCACCAAGAUGGCAACAGGCCAUCGCUACGCCAGUCCCAGAAGCUACCGGCCGAGUGCAGUGGACGACGAUGACUUCACCUACAUGACGACGAUUUCCAGCAGCAGCAGCUACUACAAUCCAACUCGAAGUCUUAUGAAUCGAAACCACGAGCCUGACUCGGCGGGCCAAAGCUUCUACCAUCAGCAUCACCACAAGUCUCCUUCGUUUUCCCAGCAUCAGUAUUCGUCCUUUGGCAGCAGGUCUUCUUCGCCGGCGCCUUACUAUCCAGCGUCGUAUGAUCAGCUAGAAACGGCGUCGCUGAGCGGGACUGUUGCGUCGACCCAGGCUCAGUUUGUGGAUCUGACGGACUACCAAAGUCCCGUCGACGAAUGCUAUGCAUCAGCCGAAGACGAAGAAGAAGUUGACGACGGAUUUGUGGAAGAAAAGAAGAGCCAAGAAGACUCUUACGGACGAGAUCGAGAUCAGGACCACGGAUACGGCAGCAGCAGCAACGGCGCCAACUAUGACUACCAGUACCGCAACAACCUCGUCAGCAACCACCAUUACUACCGCAAUCCAGAAAACUACCCCAACAUUAGCAAUGCCCAUCACAAUCUCCUCAACUAUGACUUCUAUGCCGUGAAUUACAAUGGCAUGGAUCAAUCGCAGUAUCAGCGGCAUCCACACAAAAAUCACAGCAGACAGCAACCAGGCGAUCGGACUUCGACUACCGGCGACGACUCUAGAUCCGAGGACACGGAAGAUCGCAUCUCUCGCAUCCGAAGGGAAACAGAUCUGGUCGACCUGAGCAACUGCGUGGUUACCGAUCGAGUAUCGUCCAGCGGAAGCUACAUUGACUUGACUGAAGUCCCGUCUAUUCUGGAUGACAAUGAGAGCCAGGAAUCGGUCAAUUCGGCAGACAGGGAGUGGGAUCUCAUGCAAAACCGACGACAAAGAAUGACAUCAACCACUGAUACCACGAAAGCAAAAACAUCCUCACCAAACCUUGUAGAGGAUCACCGGGAUGACAAGUGGGAGGUUCAGUCUUUGCCGGCGCCAGCAGUCUCCUCACCACAGCAGUUUUCACCGUACGCCGCAGGCAAUACUUCUGCUGCAGCCAAAACCAAUACCAAGACUGGAUUUGAUGGUGAUGAUGUUCCACAUACACCAAUGAGCUUGCCCUACAUGCCUAGAGACUAUUCGGAGCUUCCAGCGGUACUACCGCCGGAAGUAAAAAAGCCAACUUCACCUUACGGGUUUACCCAGAACACCGCUAUUGACCUGGUUGUGCCCAGCUUGGAUGAAGACGAUACGCAAGUAGUCAGAAACAACAAGUCGGCUCCUCUGGCUCCUGCUGCCCCUGAGAAAGUGGAUCAACCAGCAGAGAGUCCAACCGAGACGUCUGAAGCGAACAAAAGCGCCAACAACGAGCCCCAGACAAAGUCAAUAGCAACAACUCCAGCCCCACAGUCUCCAGGGAGUCAUCCGAGUGUCACCGAUCUGACACGGACCAUCACAGAGCAGCUCAAGUUUGAAGUGGCAAGACACUCAGAACAAGUGUCCAUGGGUGAUUCGAACAAGACCAGCACAAGCAGAGACUUGGAUAUUCCGAGCAUGACAGCAUCUUCGGAAAGUGACCUCACAUCUGUAAUCACUGCACGUAGUUCUCGGACCGAAACAUCUGCUGAUCCUCCAGGCGUCUUGGAGCACAAACCGUCGCUGCUGGGCGCUGCUAUCAACGCUCCUCCAGUCAAAGAUCCGCCGGGACAUCAACCACGAGUCAAGCCGGAUGCGGCAGUACGGUUUUCGGCACCCAUAAUGAGGCCCCCACGCUCCGGUGGGUAUAAUAGACGGGGCAAGAACGAUGCCCCGGCGACGGCAACUGAGAGCAAGCAGAAAGAUUGCCCAGCUUUAUUGUUGCGGCAGCUGAGCAGCCCCGCUCCCCCGGCCUCUCCAGCUCUGGAAACCACUAUUAGGUACACAACUCUGAUUGAGGCGGCGGAGUCUCUGUCGUUUUCGAAAGAUCUGCCAGUGGCCAUGGAUCCCAACGAGGGAGAAUAUGUGCAGGAAGAAGCUGUGGAAACAGUUCUCGGGGAUCAGACAUUCAUAUCCGAGCCUGAUAGCUAUUACAUUUCAAGGAGCGAAGCUACCCAAUCUUCGGUUCGUCAUGAGAUCAUUGUGGUGGAUUCACGCCUGAUGGCGUCGCAUUCGUCUUCGUCAUCAUCAGUUCACGGAAGAGAGUCUCGAGAUGACCCAACCGAAAAGGCUAGCAAUUUAACCAAGGAGCGGCAGUAUGCUUCUGUGACAGCGACGUCCUCGCCAAGAACGGGCAACCUUCGUGCAUGGAUGCCCAGUCAAGCCAACCUUCAUAGUGUGGUGCGGGGAAUGAUGCCAACAACUACGUCAAGGGAGAAGGACGACGAUGAUGGCGCGUCUGCGGAAGAAAGCGCUGCAGAAAGCUUGUUGUCUCGUUUAUUGGAUGACUCAUUACAACUUCAAUCCAUUCCAUCGUAUCGCCUUGUGAAAGAUUCGAAUGAUAUUAAAAGGAGAGAAAACAAACGAGGAGUGGACGUUCCCAGCGAUAGAAAAGUGAAAACGGCGCUGGUGGCUGAUGCGCCAACUGCGUCACGGCCCCAAGUGCUGCUUACUCGGCUAGUUGAGACACCGACGCCCAUCGACUUGACGGACGAAAAGGACGAAGAAGAAGCCGAAGAAGAUGACGCAAGCACUAGUAGCUCUAGCAGUGUCGGUGUGAUACCCGAUGCUUCCUCCAAGUCUGACAUUUUCACAUCAAAGCAGGCAUCUUUUGAGCUCAAUCGACAGGAUACGCUGUCAUCAGGGCAAGUCUAUUGCGACCAGCAGGUUAAUACUACCAAUGCUGAGGACAGCCAUCAAAACGAUGACAUUGAUGAACUGCAAGAGUCUAUCAACAACGACACGGAGGAUGAUUAUACCGAGCGAGUCGAUGACGACGACCUGACGGGACGACCGACAGAUGUUACAGCGACAGCGACCGAUUCCGGACUAGAUGCAGAGGCCGCUUACACUGCUUUCUGUCUUUCUGUUGACGAAGUCGACCAUGAAGCAGCUAAUGCGCCAGAGCUUCACACAGUCGACGUUCCUUCGGAGAGCAAAAAGCUUGAUUCGCUUGUCAACCUCUGGGAGGCACGGUUUACUGAAAAGGCUGCUUCAGACAAAACAGGUGUUGUUUCGUGGGGAGAGGAAACCAAACUUCCAAGUGCCGAGUUGGACUUGCCGCGGGAAGAAGAUGAGAUUCCGUUAGUUGGAAAUUCGGCCCAGGAGGACAUGGAUGACAAUGCGGACCACGCUGAAGAUGACACAACUCAUGUAGAAGUAGAGCCGGAGGAAGAAGACGACUCGGAGAUGAAGAAAGCAGAAGAUAUCGCCGAGUGGCAAGACUUGGAGCAACCUUCGAUCAUCCCAGUGGACGAUGAAACGGACACGGACACUGCAGCUUUUGCGGACCCGAUCCGAAGACUCCCCAACGACAAGAAGGUAUCCUUCAAGGAAGAUAUCGAGGAGGUUGCAAUCAUCCAUCCCUUUCGGGAACCAAGCCCAGCAGAGCACACCGCGAAUGCCUUUGCAGACGUUUGGAAUUCAAAGAUGGCCGAAAUAGCAGAUGCCACUGAACCCUCCAACGAAGCAGAUGAAGUUGAGUUGCUGGAAACUCCGGAAAUGUACCCAGGAGACGAAGACGACAACGAGGACCAUCCAGAGAGCGCCAUUGAAGACAGAGUAAUCGGCUUUGCUGACGAAUGGAACGGCAAGACGGCAGAAGUCUCUGACGCGGACGACGAUGAUCAUAUCGGGGACAUUGAAGUCACACAUCUUCCCCAGAGCGAGCUGCAAGAUAUACCCGAGCAUGACACGGCUUCAUCAGGGCCCAUCGCAGCCGAAAGUGACGAUGAAAACGAGUCCACAAAUGAUCACACUCCCGAAAUUGACGACGACGGGGUAGCAGAAGAUGCAUCUGAAAAUGCACCAGAAGCGAAGGUUCCUGAUCUUCCAACGAACUACAGCAAAAAGCAGUCAACUGGAGGCGUUUUUGAUGCCUUUGCAGACGUUUGGAAUACCAAAAUGGCAGAGAUUGCCGACGAUUCUUCAGAACUAGGAGAGCAUCUGGACUUGGAGAACGAGAAGAAUGUUGGGGAGCAGAUUGACGACCCAAUAUCCGAAGAUGAAACUCCAUCUGUGGUUCCCACUGUAACAGAGGCACAUGGAGAUUACGAAGAAGAUGAAUCUGUUGUGGAGUUGACAGCAGUCGAAGAGGGCAAUUGCUUAGCCUACGAUGCUCCAACCGACGAGGCAAGCCUUGCUGCAGAUGAGAAUGCCACUGACGAGGCCACUCACGACAAGGCUAGCGACGAUGGGUACUCGGAAGACUCCAAAGACUCUGAAAGAGAGCUGCCCCGACAAAGCCAUUUCGAGGAGAUACCGGAGCAAGUCAUGAAAGACCAAGACAACGUCUUCUCUCAGAUGUCGAGAUUGGGGGCCUUCCUGAAGAGUACAUCAACUGCCGUAGCCAAAACGGCAGAAUCAAGCGUUUCUUCGUUGGUCUCAGACCUGAAAUCAUCCGCUUUGUCAAGCCUCCCAGCAGACAAGACUGACGACGUAACCAGUGAUCGCGGCUUGCCAGUGCAAGCCUGUGCCUCGGAAGCAACAGAAGAUGAAGGACCAAUCCCCUUUUCGGCGCAGGAUAUGCCCAGUGUGUUGCACGACACGCCCAAUUCGUUGGAACAGAGUUCCAAGCCUGUGGAUUCAGACUUUGCCUCAGAUUUAACAACGGCUGCGUUAUUGAGCUUCUCUAGCACCAGUCCAGAUGAACCCGUUUCCCAUGAAAUGAAGGUUCAAGACCAGCCCGUCAAAGCAAAAGAGGAACUACCACUCUCUUUCUGCGACGGCGGCAGUGGAGUCUCAAAGCUGCCAAGUGGCUGCCGAGUUUCUCCAGAAGAAGACAUUUCCUUUUUCGAUAGUGGCGGCGGGAUGGCUAGGUUGCCCAUGGGAUGUUCGUCCUUGGCCCAAGAAGACCCAAAAUUGACUGAAGGUAUCCUAGCGGGAGCACCAGCUCACGUUGCCGACGAAGAAUCAACGAUGCAAGAGAUGUCGGAACUUGGAAGUGAGGACCAAUUUUGUGGCAGCACUCCUGUUACUCAAAUACAGUCCAUCACCCACGAUGACGAGCCACUCCCGAGCGAAAUCCUCCGGGGUUGGGAACAAGACCAUCCUGCAGAUGACGUUACAGUUGACAGCGCUGUAAAGAACAUGGAGAGCCCAGCUUGCACGGAUGCUGCUGACCAAGAAAACCUGGAUACUGAUUGGUCUCACUCUGACGAACCUGAGGAAACAGAGACAGGAACUCUGCAAUAUUCCAUUGAAAUGCCUGAAGAAGAAUCAGAUCACCAGAGUCAGAUAGCAGUUCAACAUUCAGGAGAGGAAGAAGAGGAGGCAGGUGGCGAAGGCGAGGCUGCCCAAGAAGCCGGGCUGGUGGACGAUAUCAUAGACAUGUCGUUCGACAACGAAAGCAGAGGAUCUUCUGUGUCUGCGCUGCAGGAGCCCAAUGAAUCUCCUGCAGCCACAUUGGACAUGGAGUGUCUUCAGGUGCUUGUGACUUCAUUAAUGACACACGAGUACGGAUUUGAAUUCAGCACACCCGUGGACUUGAGGAAGUACCCCGAUUACAAGGAAAACGAGUCCAAGUACAAGCCAUUGGAUCUAGGUUCAAUAUUGAGGAAUUUGAUCAACGGAGACUACGCCACCAUUCUCGACUUCCAAGCUGAUGUGAACAUGACAUUCAAUUUCCGAAUGAAGCACAGUCAGAAAGGAUGCAAAGUCUACAAGAUGGCCAAGACGUUAAAAAAGAAGUUCGAGAAAGACCUGCUGAAACUGCUAGACGACCUUGAACAUGAGCUUACAGGUUCUUAGUUAAGAGGGGUUCCAAAGUGUGUGAGAAUCGUACAUAGGUAGAAUAGUAAAACAAAAGUCCAUUGCACUGCAAAACCCGUUGCACUUUCAAAAAGAAACUUGAUCCUAGCUGCUACUAGGAUUCCAUUUAUUAAAAUUAUGUUCUAUUAUUAAAAACAUAUCGUCCCUUCUGAACAGAUUCUUGACUCGUCUC